UUCCUGUAAGAAUUUCUGUAGGACUCAAAGGAGCAGAUAUUAUCCAAAAAUUCAUGAUGAAUUUCAUUUAGAAAUAGCCUUUUACUCACUUAAUUUAUUGAUCUAUACACUGCAUCAAAAUGAUAGUUUAUUGUUUUAAUAGAGCUCCCCAUAACAACUGCAAAGAUGAAGCUGUUACAUCUGUGUUUGCUUGGCUUAAUUGGGCUUUCUGUGAUUCUGUACAUAAUUUAUUUCAAAAUGACGAGUCCUUCGUUAAAUCACAGUAUAGGACUUGUAAAUCAACUGGCAACUAAUACAAGUCUUCAUUAUUCUACAGAUCAGCAUCCAAACUUAAUAAGAGAGAGGAAUAAUAAUAUUGUUAUCUUCAAUCAGGGAAUAAUAAUAAGUGGUAACUGUUCUUCAAACUGUAGUAAUCAAAGCACUAGCAGCAUCAUGACACCAGAUGCAGGAAGAAGUCAGCAAGACUUCAUUAUUGGUCUUAUGUUGGCCAUUUCGUCCAGUUUAUUUAUUGGGUCGAGUUUUAUUUUUAAGAAAUUGGGAUUAUUACGAUUGGCUAAAAAACAGACAGCCAGAGCAGGGCAAGGUGGCUAUGGUUAUUUAAAAGAAUGGUUAUGGUGGGCUGGAAUGAUAUUGAUGACAUCAGGGGAAUUUAUGAAUUUUGCAGCCUAUGCAUUUGCACCAGCAACACUAGUAACACCUCUAGGUGCUUUAAGUGUUAUUAUAAGUGCUGUAUUAGCAUCGUGGAAGUUAAAAGAAAGAUUAAAUCUAUGUGGUAAAGUUGGAUGUCUAUUAUGUAUAUUAGGAUCCACGGUUAUGGUUAUACAUUCACCAAAAGAACAGGAAGUAAGAGAUAUGGAACAUUUACUGGAUAAAAUAAAAGAUCCGGUUUUUAUUGUGUUUGCCGUGUUAGUUGUGUUAUCAGCUUUUAUUCUAAUGUGUUACUUCGCGCCGAGAUAUGGUAGUCAGAAUAUGUUAAUCUACAUCAGUAUAUGUUCCGUCCUUGGAUCCUUCACCGUCAUGGGUUGUAAAGGUCUUGGUGUAGCCAUUAAAGAAACAUUUAACGGAAGGAACGAGUUCACGAACCCUUUAACUUAUAUUUUACUUAUAAUUGUUGUGGCGUGUAUUUUAGUUCAGUUAAAUUACCUAAAUCGUGCAUUAGACACUUUUAACACAGCCAUUGUAACACCCAUAUAUUAUGUGUUUUUUACUUCGGCCGUAAUAGCAGCAUCGCUUAUUUUGUUCAAAGAAUUCUACAAUAUGCCUGCUAUGGAUAUUGUUGGUGACUUGUGUGGAUUUUUCACCAUUAUUGCAGGAAUAUUUUUGUUAAACGCUUUUAAAGACUUGGAUAUUUCAUUGGCCAAUUUACCCAGUCUACGUAAGGAUCAAAAUAACUCGAAUUCUAAUGGUGAUAUUAGCGCAGCCUUGGAUAGAGAGCGUUUAAUCGAGGACGAUGUCCUUACACAAGUGACAGAAUAUGAUGACGAUAAUUUUACAGAUGAUCAUAAUCAAAAUCAUAUCAUAUUUUAAACUGAUGAUACACCUUCAGGGUUGGAUAAUGUUGUGGUGAGGUUCCUGAUAACUUAUACUAUGUGUAUUUAUUGACCAAAAAUAUGUGUGUAUGUUGAUUAUAAAACACAUUUAGUGACUGGAUUUGUUACUGUUUUAAUAAAGGGAAAAUAAAGGGAAAUAAUGGUUUUAGCUGACGUUAUGUCAAACACUACCGAACUAGGACCUGUUCAGAACAUGUAUGAAUAAUAUCAAUAAAAACACAAAAAAAAGGAAAAAUCAGUGCCGAACAAAGUAACAGACACAAAGGGGUUUGUGUCUGACAUUGCUUGAAUUUAAGCCUGGCAAAAUCUGUGACAGGUGCCUUAUUUCCAGGCUUGCAAUGUAGGAACUUUUGGUACUCGGACAUUGUGAGCAAAUAUUGUGAUAAAUUGGAACAUAAAACAUUACCUCAUUUAAGCGAUGAAAUCCAUUGGAUGCAUAGUUAUAGUGGAUCAGUGAGGUCAGGUCUAAAUAUUAAGGCCACCCGCAGAUUUCGUCAAGGUCACAAGAUGUAAAUAGGGUUAGUAAAUGUAAUUGUUGAUGAGAUUGUGGGUUAGGGUAAGGUCUAGGUUAUGGUUAGCGCUAGCCAUGUUUACAUCUGCAGGUGGCCUUAAUAUUUAGACCUAACAUCUGAAGUAUAUUCAUUGCACCCUGUCCCCUAGAUCAUUAUGCCCUGAUAGCUGAUUGGUAGUAAAAAUUUGCUCUAAUCCUAUAGUCACAAUUAACCAGACUGUUUCUAGUUUAAGGUUGCACAAUACACUUUUUAUCCAUCAUUGUUGAGCUUCCAAAACCUUGUAACUCACAUGUCAAAAUCUUUUAAAUCCUACCCAUAUUCACUGAUCCAAUGCCGAUUUAAAGCAUGUGACUAUUUCGCAUAUUGGUUCCUAAUAUGUCUCAGUAGUGUGAUGAGAAUAUACAUAUUUCUCAUGUCACCCCUCCUUUUGAAGAAAAUUGACUGUUAACAUGAGUUUUGCCUUCUCGCUCUGUCCCACUUUUUGAGACACAAUAACUUAGUGUAGGUGUUUACAUGUAUUCGGUGAAUUCCUUGAUGAGCAUUUUCCAUUAAGGCUGAACAGAAAUAAACAAUUUUGGAACUCUAUUUUAAUUGAGUGAGAGUGAUGAAACUUAGAGUAUGGUUUUAAAUUUUGUAUAUGUCAGUUCACAUUUGUCACAUUACUAAUCAAAACAAGAUAUUUGAUCAGAUUUCUUUUUGUUUUAAUUCAGAGUGACGUAUAUACUGUUGUGAUCAAUAAAAUGUUUGUUCAGCAGUAGAAUCAGUGUUAUUUAAAUUAGAAAUAUUUACAUUUGUCCACUCUUGCCAUGGAUAUUUUUUAUUUUGAUUCUCAGAUACUCCUACAUCACUUAAAAAGAUCCUCAUAUUUUCCAUGUUUAUUGGAACUAACUAUAAAAAAAAUAAAUGAAACAGGAAGUGUUUGGUAUUCUCAGUUAUCAAGUACGCAACCCUGUAAAAGUUAUUGACAAUCAUAAAUAAUACUGGAUAAUCAUACUAUAAACAAGAGGAGAUAAAUGUAGAACCUUGAAAUGCAAUGUUUGUGAUAAGUCAAUUAGCCACGUGAUCCAUUAAAACAAAAAUAAAAACCUCCAUCUUCCAUCUGAUUUUUGCGAAGGUUUGUCUGAGAACAGAAUAUUGUAUAGCCUAAUAUAUUGGUACCUAAACUCAGUAGUAUUCAUAAUAUUUGAAAUUUAAACACUAAUUAGGAACGAUAACUCCUCCAUUUCAAUCAAUAUAGAACUGUGUUAUAUUAUGUUCAAUCACUAAAUGCCAUUCAAAGAUUAUAUUGAUUUUGUUAUCUUGCCGUGAAAAUAUGGGAUCCUAAUAUCCAAUAUUAAAAUAUAUUGAACAUGUUAAAAUCAGUACACAAGUCGUGUAUUCUACGGUUUUGGGCGUAAUUUACAAUGAACAGAGACAAACAUCCUAGAAGUCAAUUAGUACCGACAAAAUAAUAAUAAAAGGUGUAGAAUGAACUAAGCAGGUAACUGUUGUCAAUUUGGACUGUCUCAUAUUUCAAUGAACAUAAUUGAUUAGAAAAUUACAAUGAAAUUGUUAAAAACUCACUUUAUAUCCAUUCAUAUUGCAUUAAUAUGUGCUUUAAGACACAUAUUCGUCUAUUUUAAGGUUCCAAAGAAUAGAGCCAUACAUCCUUUAACUUUAUAAUAGCAGUAUACAAUCAUAUGUUUUAUCACCUCAUCAUUACCUUCAUAUUCAUCAAAACAUGUACCUUGCAAUCAAUCAAUGUCUCUAGUUUGCCAGGGGGUUGGAUGGCCAAAUGGUUAGCGUGUGCGUGCUGUAUCAUAAGGUCUGUCAUCGAGUCAACUGGCGAGGUUUCGAUUUCUGUAGUUGUACAUGAUGAGGAGUAGGGUUGCCUGUCCAACCUCGUGGGUUUUCUCUGGGUCCUCCAGUUUCCUCCCACUGCUAAAGACCCCUACGCGCAAGCGAAUUAUUGAAAUUGAAUUGAACCAUGUGUUAGUCCCGAAAUGACUUAGUUUGUUUCGAUUGGACGUUAAACCCCAUUUCUCUCUCUCUCUGUUGUUUGCCAAUCUAAAGUCAUCCCCAUGUAUAUACUUGAAUGAUUAUUGUAAUAAUGUAAAUAGGUAAUUGUUUUUAUUGUUAGUGAUGGUCACUAGAAGCCUUUAUGCCAUUUAUUAUUGCAUGUAUUAUGGUUAUUUUAAUAUUACUGUAUGUUACAUGUAAUUUAUUAUUGAGGAUGUUAUGUAAAUAUAUUUUUGACAU